AUGAGGUCGAAAUACUCCUCCGCUGCAACUUCAUUCGGACCACCAGAAACUCCUAAGGAUGAAUACCCAAUGUUUGUGGCACAAAUGCUAGUUGAAUCGGCUGCAGGAUAUGAAUAUCUUAGCAUGCUCGAUGGUUAUUCCGGUGGUCGAAUUCAAGCCUUUUAUCCUCUUUUGCGUCUGAAGCAUGGAAAUUUUGAGUGGACAAAUAAACACCAAGAGGCAUUCGAAAAGAUAAAGCAGUAUUUGAUAAAUCCGCCUAUCUUGUCACCGCCAAGUGGAAAUAAGCCUAUGAGAUUGUAUAUAUCAGCCUCAGAUACUUCUAUAGGUAGUAUGUUAGCUCAAGAAGAUGAAAAUGGCAUUGAGAGGGCCAUAUAUUACCUAAGUAGGGUAUUAAAUGAUGCAGAAACUAGAUAUACUUCCAUAGAGAAGUUGUGCCUAUGUUUGCAUUUUUCAUGUACUAAACUUAAAUAUUAUAUAAAGCCAAUAGAUUUGUAUGUCUCUUCCCAUUUCGAUGUUAUCAAGUACAUGUUAUCAAAGCCAAUAAUGCACAGUCGAAUUGGCAACUGGGCUUUAGCCCUAACUGAGUACUCUUUAGCCUUUAUGCCUUUAAAAGCUAUGAAGGGGCAAGUAGUCUCAGAUUUUAUAGUAGAUCACGCAGUGGUCGAAACUCCUCAACUCCUAGUUGAGUUGAAGCCUUGGAGAUUGUUCUUCGACGGUUCCACCCAUAAAGAGGGUAGUGGAGUUGGGAUUCUACUCAUUUCUCCUGAAGGAAUUCCAACAAAACUCAAGUAUAGAAUCGAAGGACCCUCUUGCUCAAACAAUGAGGCAGAAUACGAAGCCUUAAUUGCAGGACUUGAAGCUUUGUUGGAAUUGGGGGCAACUAAGGUCGAAAUCAAGGGUGAAUCAGAAUUGGUAAUCAAGUUGCUUAAAAAAUUCGAAUAUGUAGACAUAAAGCAUGUCCCUAGGAUUAAAAAUCAAGAGGCUAAUGAUUUAGCACAAGUAGCGUCAGGAUAUAAAAUCUCAAAGGAAAAGCUAGAAUAA